AUGAAGACAUAUCCAGGCAACGUGGUCUUAUCUGAUUCUGCAGAAUUUUAUAUGUUAGCAUUUUCUAGUAAAGGAGAGAAGAAGCCUUUUCUUUCCAUUGUCUUCUUUUUUAUUUACAUGGCAGGCAUGUUAUGGAAUUUAACCAUAAUUAUAGUGGUAUAUUUGGAUAUUCACCUACAUACUCCCAUGUAUGUGUUUCUCUGUAAUUUGUCUCUUAUAGAUAUCUGUUCCACCACAGUCAGUCUCCCGAAACUUAUUGAUAUUUUACUAACUGGGAAAAACACAAUAUUGUUCGAGGACUGCUUCAUCCAAAUGUACUUUUAUACAUUUUUUGUUAUCACUGAAUUUAUUUUGUUGUCCUUUAUGGCAUAUGAUCGUUAUGUUGCAAUUUGUAGCCCAUUGCAUUACCAAAUUAUAAUAAAUAAAGAAAAAUGUGUCCUCAUUUUAAGCGGCACCUGGAUAUCUGCAUGUGUGAACUCAUUUUUUCUCACUGGUUUUGCAUCAUCAUUGGAUUUUUGUCAUACCAGUAAUAUUUUUCACUUCUUCUGUGAGAUUAAAGCCGUGGUAAAUAUUGCCUGUGCUGAUUUAAGCUUUACUAUCACAUUCCUUGUAGAAUCAUUUUUAUUUGGAUUAUUCCCUUUUGCAAUUAUUUUAGCUUCUUAUACCAAAAUAAUCUCCACUAUUAUGCAUACUAAAUCGAUUGUCAGUAGAAAAAAAGCCUUUUCUACCUGCUCAUCACACCUUACCGUAAUUAUUAUUUUUUAUGUCACUGUCUUGUGUGCAUACUUGAAGCCACCCUCUCGGCAGUCUGAUGAACUAGAUCAAAUGUUCUCAGUGCUGUACGCUGCAGUUACUCCCAUGUUAAAUCCAUUAAUAUAUACCCUAAGGAACAGAACGGUCAAGACUGCUUUGUUGAAAAUUAUUGACAGAGAAGAUAAAUAG